CAGCCGCCCCCGCCCCCGCAGGCGGACAGGAGGCUCGCGUGGCGCCGGCUGCGCGCGGAGCUGCUGGUGGCGGGCGCCUGCUUCCUGCUCACCGUCGUCAACGGCUUCCCCAUCGGCUUCUCGGCCGUGCUGCUGCCGCAGCUGCGCUCCAACUCCUCCUCGCUGCCCACCUCGGACGACAUGUGCUCCUGGAUAGCCAGCAUCCACUCUGCGGUGACGCCGCUGGGCGCGCUGUCCUCCAGCUGGUUCUCGGAGCGGCUGGGCCGGCGCGCCACGCUGCAGCUGACGGUGCUGCCCAACGUGCUGGGCUGGCUGCUGCUCGCGCUCGCCAGGGACCACGCCGUGCUGCUCGCCGGCCGCGCCGUCUGCGGGUUCGCCGUCGGGCUCGCAGUGCCGCCCACGCAGGUGUACCUGGGCGAGACGUCGGAGCCGCGGGUGCGUGGCAUGCUGGCGGGGUCGCCGAUGGUGAGCUACUCGCUGGCGAUCCUGGUGGUGUACACGCUGGGCAGCUGGCUGGAGUGGCACACGGUGGCCUGGAUCAACACGGCGCUGCCGCUGGCCGCGCUCGCCGCCGUCUCGCUGGUGCCCGAGAGCCCCGUCUGGCUGGCGCGCAACGGGCACCUCGAGCAGGCCCGGCGCGCCCUCACCUGGCUGCGCGGGGGCCGCUGCGCAGACCCCCACCAGGUGGAGGGGGAGCUGCAGGAGAUGGUGUCGCGCAUGCACGCCGAGCAGGCGUCGCUGGCGGCGGAGGCGCGCUCGGGCAAGGCGCGGCCGUCGCUGCUGCAGACGUUCCUGCAGCCGCGCGUCUACCGGCCGGUGCUGAUCGUCAACCUGGUGAACAUGACGCAGAUCUUCUCGGGCACGUUCAUGCUCAUCUUCUACUCGGUGGACCUGAUCCGCGAGGCGGACGAGGCGGGCGAGGUGGGCGUGGGCGGCGAGUUCGGCGCGGCGGUGCUGACGGCGGCCGUGCGACUGGCCGUGGCGGUGCUGGCGUGCGCGCUGCUGCUGUGGCUGGGCCGCCGGCCCAUGGCCUGCCUGCUGCUCUACAUCGCCGCCAACACGGCCGGCUUCUUCGUGCUGCCCAUCGUCGCCACGGGCGAGCUGCUGCCGGCGCGCGUGCGCGGCAUCGCCGGCGGCUACAUCUACUUCUUCUUCAACCUGGUGCUGUUCGCCGUCGCCAAGCUCUUCCCGCUGGCCGUGCGCGCCGUCGGCGUCUCCGGCGUCUUCUGGGCCUUCGGCGCCUUCUCGCUGCUGGGCACCGUCCUCAUGUACCUCGCCGUGCCCGAGACCAAGGGCCGCACGCUCAACCAAGUCGAGGACUACUUCGACGGCGAGAACGCGCUCUGGGUGACCAGGAGGAAGGGCAGCGAGUUCUCCAAUCGUCGGGCCGCCUACAAAGCUUGAGGGCUUACGAAAACUGUGCGGUGAAGCAACGGAGUUAGCAGGCACGUGCAGUGAUCGGCACGGAGCAGCGCAGAGCUAAGAGAAAUCCAGUGGAGCAACAUUGCCGAGGCCUUCGAGACCAGUUGUUGACUUAUUGCUUUUCGUCUUCCACGUUGGGAUUCCUGACCGACGUUUCUUCCACGACUUUCCUGACUGGGCGUUCGAUCCCAGUUCAUUGCACGCAAUAGAAGGUGAACCUUUGACAACGCCAGCCACUCGUGCCGGGGGAAGUCAGAAAAAUCUAUUGAUCUGAUGGAACUGCAUUUUCCUGGCGUCAUACGAUUCUCAACUUUAUCUUGGAUCAGGAUAGAAUCUGAAGUAAUGAAUUAAAAUGUAUGCCAACGCCGGACCUUGAUCCCAGAUUUCCUGCUUACUACACAUUUGUGCUAACCAAUUACACAAACCUGCCAUUAUGCGUACCAUAGCUCCACAGACAACCAUAGUCCAUUUCCCUCCCUAACCCAAACUUCAAUUCAAGGCUUCACCACAUUUUCGCCUUCAUAAAUCGCCAGUAUUGCCGAGGUUCAGCGAUACUGAAAUAGCACUUUUAUGUCUUCCUGGAGCGGCAGACAUAAGUUGGAAUUGAUUACGUAGGCUUUCCCGGCGUAAU